AUGGAGUAUUAUUCGCCUUUGGGCGCUACCUAUGGGCUAAGAGCGGAUCAAUUCCUCGAAACUUCUGCAGACUUUGACAAAUAUCACGCGAAAUUGAAUCGUAAACUCCAAAAUCUCAGAAGACGUUGUAACUUGACCACCAGGGACACAAAGAGAUAUUCUAGCAAGGAAAAGCUGUCUAAAUUUACUUCAGACGAGUAUGAUACCAAAAACAAGCUUCUAGGAACGAUUUUGCUGUUGCAUUGUGAGAGAGACUUGGCAUUGGUGGAAUGCUUGAGAUUGAGAGCUCGUCAAAGAGGAGCUUUGAAGCGUAAUGAACGCAAAGUUAUUGGAGCCCGGCUUAAGAAAAUAUGUAACACGUCCGCCAAAUUGUUGGAGGUGACCCAAAACGAAACCGCUUGGGAGACUAGAACCGAAUAUUUGAUCAUCGACAAGUUGUGUCAAGUCCAACUACUAGCGGAUCAGACUCUGAGUCGUCUUUCUUCAGAGCCUGAGAAGUCCAUGAAAAUUGUCCAGGGUCUCACUCUGGUUUUUGCGGCGUUGUGGCAUUUGCAGGCGGAGCAAAAACUGGAUUCCAAAUUGGUGGAUGCUGUUAUCGCUCAAUUCGAGUACUUAUUGAAGCAGCAUGCUUCGGCGAACCUCUACACACACCGUGAACUCAGAGCUUUUGUGAACAGUAAUUUGCAACACUGCAUGAAAGAUCCGCUGGCGCAAAUCAUUGCAGAGCACGGCUACAAGAUUUCAGACACCAAUGCACCGGCGUAUGGUGAGGAAAAAAAAUUGAAAAGCAUCCAGUGGAGAACUUUCACAGCAGAAUUGCGUAAUCCUCGUGUGGCUGAAGUGGUCGCGGAAGCCCAGGAACAAUUUCCAAGAGAUUUGUCUGAAUUCAGUGAUAAAAUAGCCAAAUGGCAGACCGCUCUGGAUUAUCAACAGUCUCUGUUGCAAAUCGAGGGCGAGUCCGACUAUGCUGCUGCCGAUGAAGAUGACCAAAUCGUGCUGUCAUUUAUCAGAUACAGUCUUCUUUUCACGCAAGUUGAGCGUGAUGACGUACUUUUCUGCAAGCUUUGGAACCAGUGGUGUACGGCCAAAAACUCGCUAAGUGUGAGACUCACCAAAUACAGAGAAAUUGAGCGUUUGGUAAGCAAUGUGUGCACUUAUUUGCAAGAUAUCAUGGAUUUGCCUGGUGUUUACUCCGAUGACGAAUUGAUGCACUCUUUGAACCUUGCGACCCUGUACUAUAAGCUUCACUUAGCUGCAGGAUGUCUUGCGCCUCUUUUCCAAUCGCAUCAGAGGUACUCGGAGUCCCUGGCGCUCUACGUAGAUUCAGCACGAAAGCUAGAGGACGCGACCGGAAAGGGCAUGUUGCAAGAAGGUCUACCGGGAGACAUUAUCACCAAUGACAAACUGCUUUUGUUGCAAGAGUUGAUCACCAGUGGCUGGAAAGGUGUGCUCGCUCUAGCCGAAUACGAGAAAAGCAUAGCAACAGAUUCAAACAACAAAAACUGUCGCUGUUUAGUCGAGAAACUGGGCAAGAGUAUAGGUCCAAAGGAUGCCAACACAACCAAACUGUUCCCCCUGAACCCUGUUGUGCGUCCCGUAGGCGUAAAGCCCACACUUUUCGACCUCGCGUUCAAUUAUAUUACUUACGAAGAGAACGAACAGGAGCCUCUUCAUGAGUCCGAGUUCACAUCACAAAACGCAGAAGCCGUAACGGAUGUAAACACUCCAUCAAAGAAGCGUGGCCUUUUUGGAUUAUUUGGUCGUUGA